AUGGCGUCACAGAAGCCAAGUUCCUUUGCGCGCAUUUUGCAGUCUGAAUUUGUUGCAAGUGACGAAAGCUGGACAUAUACGCUCCACGACCUACCCAGGCCCAAGGCUACGAGCCCCGGACGAUGGGUUAAAUCGUUGGAGCUGGUGUCCAACCCGAAGGCACGUAAACUAGAGCUGAGGUUCACUAAGCUGGACCCGAAUCGAGCUACGAGUGCCUGUGCUUUGGACCGUUUGAUACACUUUUCCUUUGCUGAUUUCCGCCUGGGACAGUUUGAAGAAGGAUCGUGGAAGAGCUUUACUGCCAGGGAAACAGCUGAUUAUCUUGUUCGGCUUCUCAAAAAAGGCAUCGUUCUCAAUGGUGCCUUGUACAGCUUUUAUGGCCAUAGUUCCAGCCAGCUGAAGUCGCGCUCUUGCUAUUUACUCCGAGGAUCGAAAAACGAGGUGGCGGAAUUUGUAGAAUCGCUUGGGGACUUCUCCAAGAUCAAAACCGUGGGAAAGAAGGCGAAACGGAUUGGGCUUCUCUUUUCGUCCGCCCCGGCGAUAAUGGACGUCCCGGAUGGCCGAUAUGAGGACAUUGACGAUGUUGAAAGAGCCGGAUACAAUUUCACCGACGGCUGUGGGCUGAUCGGGCCAAACGCAGCAAGACUAUUAUCCCAGAAACUGGCAAUUGUUAGUCGCAACACACGCUAUCAUCCAUCGGUCUUUCAGAUUCGGUUCAAGGGCUAUAAGGGGGUUGUGACCCUCGAACCCGACAUGCCCAAGAGAUAUUGGUUUCAAUUCCGACAGUCGAUGCGCAAGUUCUCGGGAACUGCAAAUCAGUCCUUCGCUGUGGUCGAAUAUUCCAAACCCUAUACUUACGGCUAUCUCAAUGAUGAUAUCGUGCUGCUUCUGAGCGCUCUUGGGAUUCCCACCGAGGUGCUUCUCCACAAGCAAGCAACACACUUUGCCCGGUUGCGCGCAUCGGUGACGGAUCCUGUUUUAGCAUUUAGUUUCCUGUGCUCCCUGGAUCGAUUCCACCAAGCUGAGCAGCUUCUUCUCAAGGGGAUUGAGGAAUCAACUGGUGCCCUGCGCGGCCUAGCCAGCACGGAAUACAAAAAGAUGCUGAACAAGCGCGAAUGUCAAAAGUGUCGCAUUCUUAUUCCCGAGUCGAGGCUAUUAUUUGGUGUAUGUGACCCCCGAGAUGUUCUGGAGGAAGGAGAGUGUUUCCUACGAGUGACAGACGAAGGACAUGGAGGACGCCCGAUAACACUCAAUGGGUACUUGCGAAAGCUUCGAGCAGUUGACCGGCCGCAGCUUGCACAUCUAACGGACUGUAUAGUCUUUUCGGUCAAGGGCGACCGGCCAGCAGCCGACCAGAUGUCAGGAGGGGACCUUGAUGGUGAUACCUUCUUUGUUUGCUGGGACCCAGACCUUGUUCCCUCGACUUUGUCCGAGCCAGCACAAUACCCCCCCGGUCGACAACCGGUCUCCUUGGACAAAAUAACCGUGGAUGACCUCAUCGAGUACUUUGCGCGGUACACAAGCAUAAGUCUAGGCCGUGUCAAAGCCCUCUUCUUGGACUGGGCAAUACGUAAUCCAGAAGGUGCUCUCAGCAGUGAGUGCCAGGAGCUGAACCGGCUGCAUUCCUUAUCUGUGGACGGUAACCGUAUAAAGAUUGAUGACCGAUUUACCAAACUACCACCACUCAGCGACGAGGUACGUGAUUCAUUCGUUCUUAAUGUCCUGCAUCGGGAAGCAGAGAAAGAGUCCCAGCAGGGGAUCGCAGCACGAGGCGGUUGCGGGUGGGCACUGACCUCGCGCGACGUGGUUGAAGCCGUUCUGUGCCAGCCGCGCAGCUGCUCUGAAUUUCGGAUGAUCCAACUGGUCUACGAGUGGUGUCGACGAUCUGGAGAAGCCGAACUCAGCGAGCUUCUGCCAUACUUCGAUCCCGCGGCGCUGGGUAGAGAGGAAAAGCAUUGGCUGCUACAACAGCUGCCUGCGACGACUGAGCUGCCCAGCCUGGUCAUGAAUGGUCUGAUGAGCUCCGAUAUUCUUGAACAGCAUGAACUGUGCCAAUUCCAUCUUGACUACCCCGGGAUGCGCUGGAAGCGUAUUUUCUCGGCUGAUAACCGGCUCGCAAAUUUGUUUGAAGUGCUCGACAAGUCCUUCGCCCACUUUCAUCGGAAGCUGUUGGUAAUGCGGAUCCACGAACGUUUGAGUAUUGCUGUUUAUAUCCCACAUCUCAUCAGCAUCGAUGAAGACGCCCUGGUGGGAAAGGAUGUGCUUGUCUUUGGAUUUCCUCAUACACAGCAUCAGGGCAACGUCCGCGAUCGCAUCCACAUCACGGGCAGCGAGUACAGACUUAGUUUAACCCAUUCGACGCUUCAGCUCUACAACCGUCAUCGCCAGAAUACAUUCAUAUGGAUCGGCCAGCCUGGAACCAAUGAUGCAUCCUUUCGCCAGACCAGAGGCAGGGCAAAUCGUGCCCGGCAGCGACACCAGACAAAUCUGGAGGGGAUAAACCACGAUUGGAUCGCAAGUAUUGCUCUCGAUCGCUUCAGUCAAAACAUGCGAACCCAAAUCGGCCCAGUACGACGACAUGGGAUUGCUGCAGCAGAACUCUACGUCAUCAGCAACGCCGAUGUGCAUUCGUUUCAAACCCUGGAUAUGUGGCAGCGCAGUAUUGAUACUCUGGAAACAAUUCCACUUUUUGAGAGAACGCCCCCUCCCCUCGUAAUAAGUCGCACGUCCACAGUGGACUGGUCGUCGCAGCCGCGGAAAAUCUGUGCUCUAAUCCGCGAUGGCGACAUGUCUGAACUGGACCGGAUCGAAAUGCAGUCGAACCUCGUCCCAGUUUUCCAAUUCUGCUUUGAGCAUAAUGAACGUGACUUGCCUGGAAGAAUCUAUAACCACUAUCUAGAGUCACCGAGUGCUGUCAGUAGAUGGCUUGCCCCCAGGGAGCUGCUUGAUGGACUACUUCAGGGCCUGCUCUACGCACCGGCAAAUGUCAUCUUUUUUUCACGGCUUUGUCCGUGGGAGGAAACCCUGCCGGACUUUGUAUAUCGAUGGCUGAAGCCAAAGACCCCACACUUGCUAGAAGCUGUUUUUCAAUCAGCCAGCUUCGUUGGAGACUUUGCAAUACAAGCACUGUGCGCCAUUGCCCGCGAAGCCAACAGCAUGUCACUGGCAACCUUUCGUCUUCUGGUCGAGAAGGCCUGCCUGCUACUGGAAACACCAGGCCAAAUGCUCGAGGUUUGCCUAGAAUGCCUCCAGCAGACCGGCGAGCGAUUGCUAAACGAAUGCCCAUCCGCCACAAAUUAUUUUAUGCGCAACCUCUUUGGGAUUGCAAUUGACCACAGUGAGGAGGCAUGGGCCGCAAGGCCGCCGCACGACGACUUAUGGGUAUUUCAACCAGUCGCCCUGGCACUCACAUACCCUGUCUUGACUAGCAAUCGCCGCAUAGAUGCACCGCAACUGGAACGCUUGGCGGCUGGUGAUCAUGUCCGGUUUGAACUGGCUCGGUACCCUGAAAACGUGUUCCUAACAGACCGUCCAGGCUUCGACGCCAUGGUCGAAUCAUCCAAGCCAGGCAUGGUCACCUUCGGCUGCCUUUCGUAUCCACCUCCCUAUGUUGCAUCGGCUCGGUGGCGAAUGAAGCACUGCGGGUCAUUUGUCACCAGCAAAGCAAUGCUGGACUCGCUAGUCACUUUAAUGGAACAAAAGGCAGAUACAUGCGCUUUGUAUACUCAGCUGGUGGAUGACUACUGGGAACUGGGGGGUCCACAUGAUGGUGCAGCGUAUAAUUCUCGCAAAGACCUUAAUGAUUGCCAGAACGAAGCAGUGAAGGCGGCACUCAAUUCCUCCUUGACCUGCAUUUGGGGCCCACCUGGAACUGGCAAAACACAGACAGUUGCUGUGAUUCUACAGGAACUGCUGCAUCGGAGCCCCGAGGACCGGGUCCUUGUUACUGCCCCCAGCCAUAAUGCAGUGGACAACAUAUUGAAAAGAUACUUGAGCUUUGUGGGCUCAUCAGGGGUCACCCCCCUCCGAGUUACCACGAAUAUACAUAAAGUAUCCCCUGAUUUGGUUCAAUAUACCUGCGACGGCAUGGACAACAAAGAGUUCCACUUCAAUUCCAACGCCAGAGCCCUCGCUAUCCAGCGUAUCCAGCAGGCCCGCGUAGUCUUCACAACAUGUGUCGGAGCGGGACUAGGCCUUCUACGAAACGAAAAAUUCCAGAUAGUCCUAAUUGAUGAGUCGUCACAGCAGUCAGAGCCCAUGUCCGUCAUUCCAUUAAGCAAGGGUUGUCAGCGAGCCAUUCUCGUCGGAGAUCAUGUUCAGCUCCGCGGAACCACAGGGAACUACGCCAAAAUAAUGGGCAUGGAAGUUUCGCUUUUUGAGCGGCUCUAUGGGACGAAUGGUGAGGCCACGAAUCAUGCCCUAACCAAGGUUAUGCUCAAUGUCCAGUACCGAAUGCACCCGCAAAUCGGCGAGUUCCCAUCUCGCGAAUUCUACAACGACAGGCUCAAGGCACACGCUUCUUGCCAGGAUAGACCACUCCCUAUGAACGGGUUCCCUUGGCCCCGGCAGCAACAACAACAACCUCUCACAGACUCCCCAGUGGCGCGGUGCAUUUUUGUUCCCUGCACCGGAGCCGAGGAUGCUGGGUACCAAUCCAAGGGCAAUACUAGUCAGGCGGAGCUCUCCAAGAAGGUUUAUCAGCUGCUGAUGGCAACCGAGCCAGGGCCAUCGUUGUCAGUUGCAAUCCUGACUCCCUACACGUGGCAAGUCAAGAUACUCCGGUCCCUCCUUCCAGGCUCGGCGAUGGUUUCCAGCAUCGAUGGAUUCCAAGGCCGCGAAGCGGAUGUCAUUAUUUUCGUGACCGUACGCUGCAACCCCCAUGGCAAUAUUGGGUUUCUGAGCGAUCUUCGGCGGCUUAAUGUUGUCCUCACCAGAGCGCGCGCAGGACUCAUUGUUGUUGGUUGCCCCCGGACUUUGACCCAAGAUGUGCCCUCUAUCCUCGACGAUAAAACUUUUGACGGGACUAUGAACAAUACCAGUGAUGGUGAGAAGGGGGUUAAGCAAGCUGUUGAUACCGACAGUAUUCCUGUUUGGAAGCGACUAGUAGCUUCCCUGUGGCUUAAGGCCAGCACAAUAUCAUAUUAUGCAGUAUCCUCGAUUUAG